AUGCUCAAGAAAACCUGCAGCAGUGUCGGUAGAAGUUCUUCUUUGCGCCGCUUCGCCAGGCCGGCUGUUGCAGCCAUGGGUGCCUUCUGCGCCAAGCCAGAGAUCGAUACCAUUUAUGAAACGGAUACUGGCGCAGCUCCGUACCGCAGCAACUUUCAAGACAACAUCAUGCUUCUCAGCGACUCCUACAAGACCUCCCACUGGCGCCAGUACCCUCCAGGCACCACGGAGGUCUACUCGUACUUUGAGUCCCGCGGCGGGAAGUAUGACGAGGUGGUGUUCUUCGGGCUGCAGUACUUCCUCAAGCGAUACCUGCAGGGCAAGGUUGUCACUCGCGAGCGGAUUGACGCUGCAGAGAAGGUUGUGAAUGCCCACAUGGGCCUUGGUGAGAUGAAGCACUUUAACCGCGAGGGAUGGGAAUAUAUCUUGCAACAGCAUGACGGCAAGCUCCCGAUUGUCAUCAAGGCCGCGCCCGAAGGAAUGGUGGUCCCUGUCAAGAACGUGCUGAUGACUGUCGUAAACACUGAUCCAAAGUGCUUCUGGCUCACCAAUUACCUGGAGACAUUGCUGGUUCAGGUUUGGUAUCCGAUGACGGUGGCAACGCAGUCCCGUGCGCAGAAGAAAGUCAUUAUGGAUUCCCUCAUCAAGACCGGCACGGACCUGCCCAACAUGCCGAACAAGCUCCCUGCGCCCUUGAAGAUGAUCACUGUGGGCUACCAGCUCAACGACUUCGGCUGCCGAGGCGUUUCUUCCAUGGAGACGGCAGGGAUCGGAGGUGCAGCUCACUUGGUCAACUUCUGCGGCAGCGACACCAUGCCAGGUUUGUGCACGGCCAUCGAUUACUACAAGUUGCCGCUGGAAGCUUGUGCCGGCACCUCCGUGCCAGCUGCAGAGCACUCCACCAUCACAAGCUGGACCAAAGCAGGCGAGAAGGACGCCUUCGAGAACAUGUUGAAGCAGUAUCCGGAGGGCAUUGUUGCCGUCGUCUCGGAUUCCUACGAUAUCUACAAUGCGUGCGAAAAGCUCUGGGGCACCGAGCUGAAAGAUCUCAUCGCUUCCCGAGCUCCACCCACUGGCAAGCUGGUCGUGCGACCUGACUCAGGCGAUCCCAAGACCAUCGUCGUGGAGGUUCUGGAGCGACUUUCGAAGCACUUCCCGGUCACCACCAACUCAGCUGGGUUCAAGGUGCUGCCUCCCUACAUCCGCGUCAUCCAGGGUGACGGUAUUUCCUACGAGUCGCUGAAAGAGAUCCUGGCAAACAUUGAAGCCACAUGGCAGCAGUGGCGUGCAAU